AUGGCGAAGGGUGAAGUUUUCACCGUCAAAGAUGCUGUUUACAGGGUGCAACACUGUCUUCUGGAAGGGAUUCAAGAUGAAAAUAAGUUGUUUGCUGCAGGAUCGGUGAUGUCUCGGGGUGACUAUCAAGAUGUGGUUACUGAGAGAUCCAUUGCAAAGUUAUGCGGUUAUCCCCUUUGUAGGAACAUUUUGCCUUCGGAGGCGCCAAAGAAGGGGAGGUACCGCAUUUCAUUGAAGGAGCAUAAGGUGUAUGAUCUUCAGGAAACCUACAUGUACUGCUCCGCCGAAUGUGUGAUAAACAGUAGGGCAUUUGCAUCUAGCCUGCUGGAAGAGAGGUCUUCAGCUCUAAACCCCGCGAAAUUGAACCAAGUUUUAAGGUUGUUUGAGGGAUUAGGUUUGGAAGACUCCAAAACGGAUGUGGGUGAGAAAAGCAAAUUUGGGCCGUCAGCAUUGAAAAUUCAAGAGAAAAUGGACAGAAGGGCUGGGGAAGUGACUUUGGAAGAGUGGAUGGGGCCAUCAAAUGCUAUUGAGGGUUAUGUGCCACAGAAAGACCCUUCUUUCAGCCAGCAACAGCAAGAUAAAUAUGAAGAAGGGCUAAAGUCUAAGGCCGAUGCCCAAUCAAAACCUAAAAAAUGUGAGGUUUUUAGCGGGGUGGACUUCACAAGUACCAUAAUUUUUCAAGAUGAAUAUAGCGUGUCAAAAGCUCCAGAUAAAGUGAACAUGACAUCAACAGGAAAAUCUGAAUCGCGGAAAGGAAAGGUGAAGCAAAAAGACUUAAAACGCCAUUCAGCUAAAUCAGAACAGCUGGUUGCAUCUGGGGGACACAAUAAUAAGAGUAAAGAAUCAGCAAAAGCUCAGACGAAACAGGGUUUGCAGGAAAAACUUGAUGAGUUAUCUAAGGACGUGAAUCAGAAACUUGUUAUUACAGAUUCAUCCUCUGAUUCUGGCAGGAAUUCGUCGGAUUUUAAUUUUAGUGAGGGAACUUCAGAUAUUCGGGAUGAAAAAGCACUGGUGUUAAAUCAAACUUCUCGAAGAUCUUCUAUAAAAUCAUCAAUUGGAAAGAAAGAAACCCGUUCUGUUACUUGGGCUGAUGAGAAGACUGAUGGAAAAAGCAAUAAAAAUCUCUGUGAGUUUAGAGAAUCAGAGGAUAAAACAGAUAACAAAGGCCAAAAAAUUCUCCUGGAUUUGAAUGUAUCAGAGGACAAAAAUAAUACUUCCGGAAGGCUGGGCACUGUGGAAGUCAAAGGGGAUGAGGAUCCUGAUAGAUUGUUAUCUGCUGAAGCAUGUGCAAGAGCCCUUACCGAAGCUGCUGAAGCUGUUGCAUCUGGAGAGUCUGAUAUCUCCAAUGCGAUUUCUGAAGCUGGGAUUAUCGUACUACCACCUCCAGGAGAUAUUGCUGACUUUAAAGCUAAGGAGAAAUUUGAUAUGCUUGAUUCUGAACCAGAUUCCUUAAAAUGGCCGAUGAAUUCUAGCUCAAGUGAUUCAUGGUAUGAUGAGCCACCGGAGGGGUUCAAUUUAGCACUAUCACCAUUUGCCACAAUGUACAUGGCACUAUUUGCAUGGACGUCUUCUUGUUCCUUGGCUUACAUAUAUGGACACGAUGAAAGCCUUCAUGAAGAAUAUUUGUGUGUCAACGGAAGGGAGUACCCCCGCAAGACUAUAGCCUUAGAUGGUCGAUCCUCAGAAAUCAAGCUGGCACUGUCUGGCUGUCUUGCUCGUGCACUGCCGGGACUUGUUACUGAGCUCAGGCUACCAGUGCCUCUAUCUACAUUGGAGAAGGAAAUGGACCACCUGCUGGAUACGAUGUCCUUUUUGGAUCCACUGCCACCAUUCAGAAUGAAGCAGUGGCAACUGGUUGUUCUUCUUUUUCUGGAUGCUUUAUCAGUUUGCAGGAUCCCUUCACUGACUCCUUGCAUGACUGGUAGAAGAGUUUUACUUCCAAAGGUGUUUCAGGGUGCCCAGAUAACUGCCGAAGAAUACGAGAUCAUGAAGGAUCUAUUGAUUCCACUUGGCAGAGUACCUCAAUUCGCUAUGCAGUGCGGUGCCUGA